CGUUUUCAUUUCUGUGGACUUAAUAUUAAGAGAUUGAUUUGAUUAUGUUACGAAGGCUAUGAGCUGAAAGUUGCGUGAGUUUCAAAGCAAAUAUGGAGGAUUUCAGUGACACGAAUUCACACGAAAUGACAGAAAAUCAUGUUCAAAAACGAUGUAAUAAUCAGUGGGUUCGGUUAAAUGUUGGUGGUACAUAUUUUUUAACGGCAAAAACUACUCUAGCUAGAGACCCCAAUUCAUUUCUUUACCGAUUAUGUCAAGAAGAUUCUGAUCUUAUCUCAGACAGGGAUGAAACUGGAGCAUAUUUAAUAGAUCGUGAUCCAACAUACUUUAGUCCUGUGUUAAAUUACUUACGUCAUGGGAAAUUGGUUAUUAAUAAAGACUUAACGGAAGAAGGAGUUUUAGAAGAAGCUGAAUUUUAUAAUAUUACAGAACUUAUUCGUCUAGUGAAAGAAAGAAUUAUAUUAAGAGAUACUAGACCAUUAAGAGAUUCAAAAAAACAUGUUUAUAGAGUUAUCCAGUGUCAUGAGGAUGAAUUAACUCAAAUGGUAUCAACAAUGUCUGAUGGAUGGAAAUUUGAACAGUUAAUUAACAUAGGAUCUCAAUAUAAUUAUGGAAAUGACGAUCAUGCUGAAUUUCUGUGUGUGGUCAGUCGAGAAUAUGGAGCCAGUCAACUAAAUAGCAAGGAACAAGAGUCGACGGAUCGUGUUAAGGUAUCAUUGUUACAUUCAAAAUUUUCAUGUCACUCUUUUAACCAAAACAAUUAUACUUAACUUUUUUUUAUAAUUUUGUUAAAUAAUUGUAUUACUUUAUUUAUAUUUUAUAUUUAUUUUGUUGUUUUUGACAUAAAAUUAUAUUACUAAUGUUAAUUAAUAUAUUUUUAUUUUAUUACCAAUAAUUAAUAAAAUAUACUAUAAUUAAUAAAAUAUUGAAUUAUAAACAAAAUAUAAAGUUCAAAAAAAAUUUAUAAAUAAGAAACUUUCAUAUAUUUAUGUAAAUGAAAUUUAAGGUCAGUUAUGUUUAAAUUUCUAGUCAUAAAACUUUUACUUUUGUUUUAUAAUAUAAGAUAAAAAAAUACCCUAUAAUUGAUAUUAAAUGUAUCAUAUGGAAAUCAUUUUAUAUUGCUUUUUUAUAAAAAUAAAAAAAUAUUUCGGUGUUUAUCUUUUUUUAUGGAAUUAAAUUAUAAUAUAAUAUUAUUAAUAAUUAUGUUUUUCUUGCUAAAACAUUUAUUUUUAAUACUAAUUCAGAGGUCAAUUUGCAUGAGCAUGUUCUGCCUCUCUAUAUUUGCUGUAUGUAUUAUAAUUUUUUGUAUUGCAUGCUGAACAUUAAAUAAAGAAUUUUUUCUUUUAUUGGCUUGAUUACUUUUUACCCUGUUGUCCUGCAUUUAUUAAUGCAUGUGUCUGAAUCAUUCUUUAAAAAUAUUAUAUUUACAAUCAAAUCUUUUGUAUAAUAAAGAUUUUAUAAUAUAUUGAAAAUAAAAUAUUAAUAAUUAGUUUACAAAAUUAUUUUAUAUUUCAUUCAUUAUUAUUUUAUUACUUUCAUCAAAAUAUAAAGAUAUUAUCUUAUUGCAAUCUAUACAACAAAAUGCAGAGGCUGAACAAUGCAAAACUAAAUAAUAUCUACAUAUUUUAGUUAAAGUUUUAUAAUGAUAUUUAUAUGUUUUUUUAUAAAAUGUAUUUUGUAAUACAAAUUUUAUAAUCUUACUAAGCUUCAAUCAUGAAAUUGUAUUUUAGGUUCUGCAGCAGAAGGGUUCUCGCAUGUAAUCUCUAAAUCCAUCUUUUUCUUUUCUUGCUUCAUUUAAUUAAAUCAACUGUGCAGCAACAAGAUGAAGACUAUUUUUAUUUCUACAUAUAGAAAUUUAAGUUCACACAAGGUCUUCAUUGCUUUAUUUUCAAUAACAAAGAAGAAGAUACAAAGGUAUAAUUUUUUUUGUAGAUACAUAGUUAUACAACACAAAAUGAAAUUAUAAGAAUUGAAAGUAUUAUACAUUGA